AUGUUCCACACUCCCAUUGUGCCUCGUGCGAGGAAAAGGUCGAGACCAGUAGAAGCCGGUGUUCCCGGGCGUGAAGAGGUGAAGUUUAAGGAUGUCAGAGUGUACCUGGUGGAGAGGAAAAUGGGCCGCAGCAGGAGAAGCUUUCUGACCCAACUGGCCAGGUCAAAGGGCUUUAUUGUGGAAGACGUCCUCAGUGAUGUGGUCACUCAUGUUGUGUCAGAGGACAGCCGGGCUUCAUCACUGUGGACAUGGCUUAAAGGGUGCGAUCUGAGCAAUCUACCCAGCAUGCACGUGUUGGACAUCAGCUGGUUCACUGACAGCAUGAGAGAGGGGAGACCUGUUGCUGUGGAGACCAGACAUCUCAUUCAGGACAUCUUGCCCACACUGCCUGAAGGUUCUUCACCCACUCCUGUGGACACAGUUUCUCAAUACGCCUGCCAGAGACGGACAACCACAGAAAACAAUAACAAGAUUUUCACAGAUGCAUUUGAAGUUUUGGCAGAGAGCUAUGAAUUCAGUGAGAUUGAGGGUCCAUGCCUGGCUUUCAGGAGAGCUGCAUCUGUCCUCAAGAGUCUGCCCUGUGCGCUGCGGUGUCUGAGGGACACUGAGGAUCUUCCCUGCCUGGGGGAGCAUACUAAGGCAGUCAUAGAGGAGAUCCUUCAAUAUGGCCGCUCGUUUGAAGUUGAGAAAAUACUUUCUGAUGAAAGGUAUCAAACGCUAAAGCUGUUCACAAGUGUGUUUGGGGUUGGACCUAAGACGGCUGAGAAGUGGUACCGCAGAGGGCUGCGCUCAUUCAGCGAUAUUCCGACAGAUCCCAGCAUUCAUCUAAACCGGAUGCAACAAACUGGUUUUCUGCAUUAUGAAGACAUCUCCAGGGCUGUCAGUAGAGCAGAGGCCCGAGCACUGGGGAACAUUAUUGACGAAGCUGUCCAUGCGAUCACACCGGACGCCCUGCUAGCGCUGACAGGUGGCUUUCGCAGGGGGAAGGAGUUUGGUCAUGAUGUAGAUUUUAUCGUGACCACUCCAGAGCCAGGGAGGGAGAGGAGUCUGCUGCCCGACAUCAUUGAUAGUCUGGAAGAACAAGGCAUUUUGCUCUUUUGUGACUACCAGGCCUCCACCUUUGAUGAAUCCAACCUUCCCAGCCACAGGUUUGAGGCUAUGGACCACUUUGCAAAGUGCUUCCUGAUCCUGCGGCUGGUGGGAAGGAAAGUGGAAGGAGGUCUCAACUGUGCUGAGGGCGACCGCCGGGGCUGGAGGGCGGUGCGUGUAGACUUGGUGUCGCCACCUAUGGAUCGUUACGCCUUCGCUCUCCUGGGCUGGACCGGUUCCAGGCAGUUUGAGAGAGACCUGAGGAGGUUUGCUCGAUUAGAGCGGCGGAUGCUGUUGGACAACCACGCCCUGUACGACAAAACCAAGAAAGAGUUCCUGGCAGCUUUGACUGAAAAGGACAUCUUUGCCCAUCUGGGUCUCGAGUACAUUGAGCCUUGGCAGAGAAAUGCGUAGGCCUCAGCUCCUCCCGGGCUGGAUGAUACCCUCUGCGUACAUCAGUGUUUAUUCCAUCUGCUUGCCGUUCUGUGGCCGCUCCUGUGAUACACUCUCAAAUGCCAUUUGAUUUCCAUACACUUUUGCGUUCUUGUUGCCAUUAUUGUUUUUGUUGUCUGGAUUGCACGGUGCUGUAUGAGUCAUAAUUCUCCUUAUUCACUAUUGUCUGUUAACGAGUGAACACUCUCCUUUACCAUUCAUGGACUGCCUGUCUGUAAGUGUUGUAAUCAUAGGCAGGAUACAAAGACAAAUCAGUUAGAGUAUGCAUCGCCCGGGGUGCCUGCGAUUGGUGCACGAGAGAGAGAGAGAGAGAGAGUCUGAAAGAAACACAGAGGGAAGCAAAAGAAGGAAGGGGGUGACCACAGAGAGAAAGGGAGGGUGAUGGAGAAGACAGGAAGCAAUGAGAAAAGCGAGGGGGAGGGGAGCCUUUGUUGAGCAAAAUGUUGUAAUCACCCUCCUCCUGGCAGGAAAGUGCUCAGCGUGAAGCUGAGCCAGGUCUCCGGGGAAUUGAGAGGUGGGUAAUGAGCUUCAGAUAGAGGAGCGUUCGGCGUCGCCAUUUAGCCUCCAUUUAAACCUACGUCCACUGGAGAUCAUUUAGCUGGCAUUCCGCUAUCCAGGCCCAUAGCCUCCGCUCUUGUUCCACAAUGAAUCUUCCCUUCCCCAGAUGCUUGGCUGAAAUUAGAGGCAAUCAGCUGCACUGGGAAAUCAUGAAGAAUUCAGACGGAAGGUAAAUGAGUCCACUAACCACAUGGAUGGAUCUUGGCAUUCAAAGCGACUGGCUCCAGUGCACAAAACAUCCAUUAUCUUACUGCUUUGACUUUGGCUUAUGUUUUAUGUAUGAUGGUUGUUUAUCAAGAUUUGUGUCCUUAUUUUUCAAACGUAUGGCGGCUCCGUAGGACAAGGAUUCUCUAAUGAAGAAACUUCAUUGAUUCCUGUGGGCAAUUUGGGUGUCUGACCGGUUUCUCCGGCGAUAACAGGACCGCCCCCGCUGUCCAUACCCCAACCCACUUUCCCAUGAUGCUCAGCCUCUGGUUUAUCCCAUGAUGCCUCAAUGAGAGCAGAGACAGAUGAGAGCAAGGCAUUCUAGUGACUCACCCUAUUUAAAGAUCUUUAAGUAGAACAGUCCGGCACUUUGAGGACUUGACCUGGGCCUCCUCCCUCCACCAUCUCUUCUUUCCCCCUUUUGGUCUCUGUCUUUCUUUCUUUCUCUCCCACUGUGCUGCUCUCUCAACCUCCCUGACACAAAACAAACUUUAAAGGUUCUGAGUUGCAGUGUUAACCAGAUGGAGCAAGCUCCCUGCUUUCCUGGGUUAUGUAAUGUUUCCACUUUAAA